UCGACGCCUGCACUUUAAAAUGUGAUCCGCGAAGCAAGCGCAGGGCUCCAGUGACAGACCCUGGCACUGAUUAGGACGUUCACACUGGAUCCUGUGGACCUGCCUCAGGAACGCACAGUUGAGCCACAAGAUGCGCACUAGGCGCUACAGCUUGGGAGGAGCUUCGGGAUUUUCCCCCCUUGUUCCACGCCACUCUCGAGUGAAGACUGCUUUGCCAAAGGAGAUAUAGUGGGAAAGGUGUCGGCACAGCCUCAAUCUGGCAUCUACCAAUAAAAUGAGCCCACCAGACACAUCCAACGCCACGAGCGAAGGGGAGACUGCUGAAACCGAGCCCUGGUUUCUACUUAACGACAGCCUGGGUUUACACCCACCUGGUUUCCACACAGACAUCACCAAGCACCUUGGAGUCCAGAUCACUCUGAUCACAGCUUACUCCCUAAUCAUUCUGCUGGGGCUGCUGGGGAACGCUCUUGUCAUAUACAUGAUUACUCGCUAUAAAAACAUGCGAACAGUGACCAACUUCUUCAUAGCCAACCUGGCUUUGGCAGACCUCCUGGUGGACACUCUCUGCUUGCCCUUCACUUUGGUUUACACUUUGCUAGAUGAGUGGAAGUUUGGGGCUGUGUUGUGCCACAUGGUGCCAUUUGCCCAGGCUCUGAGUGUGCAUGUAUCCAUCCUGACCCUGACUGUCAUUGCUCUGGAGCGUUAUCGCUGCAUCGUCUUCCACCUUGGCCGGCGCCUCACAUGGCACUCCAGCUUCCUCAUCAUGGCAUUCACCUGGACUAUGUCUGCUGUCCUGGCAGCGCCCCUGGCCAUCUUCAGAGAGUACCGCUAUGAAGAGAUCCCUUCCAUCAACCUGCGUAUCGCUGUCUGCUCUGAGAAGUGGCCCCAUGGGACCGGCAGGGACGGAGUCAUCUACAGCCUCUCAAUGCUGCUCCUACAGUACAUUCUUCCUUUAGCCAUCAUCAGUUACGCUUACAUCUGCAUCUGGGUCAAACUGAAGAAUCACAUCAGCCCGUCCAGCCGCAACGACAGCAUCAACCGCCGCAAAAAGACCACCAAGAUGUUGGCGCUGGUGGUGGUGGUGUUCGCUAUCUGCUGGCUGCCUUUCCAUGUGUUUCAGCUGGCCAGUGAUCUGGACCUGGUGCUCAGGUUUAAGGAGUACAAACUGAUAUACACAGUAUUCCAUAUCAUAGCUAUGUGUUCGACAUUUACCAACCCCGUCCUGUACGGGUGGAUGAAUAAAAACUACAGGAAUGGCUUCCUCAUGGUCUUCCGUUGCGAGGAUAAGCCAGAUUCUUUCCACCCUGAGGGCUCGUUCAGGACACGCUCCACAAGAAGGCUGACUCUGAAUGGCCGUAAUGGCGGACACCCUCCGACUGCUGUAUGAAAUAAACACAAUUUCAAAAAGCCUGUAGGAUGUGACUGAACACAGCGAACGCAGCUCUGGUUUGUGGCGCCUGUGGUUCAAAAAAAGAUGCCUUUUGACUUGAAUGGCCUGAUCUUGAGUAUCCAUGUCACUGGAGAGGGCUCAAAGCUUUGCAUGCAAAUUGCUUUAUGUAAGGCUCUUCUUUCCUUUGUGAAUGGUACUAGUGAAAAUACAGUUGUCAAACCUGUUCAAAUAUGUGUUUAAGAUGUUUACUAGGGUGUUAAUUAACUUGUUACAAUGUAUUAUGUGUCUCCUGUAAUGCAGAACUCUUGUUGGUAAGUAAUGUCCAAUUAAUUAUGCACUCCAUUGCAUACACCGUCUGAGGCUAUUAAUGUGUUCUUACUAACUGAGGGGAUGAAGGUGAUUAUUGUGACUGUUUAAACAAGUUUUGUUUUUCACACUUGUUUUUCUUUUUUUUGGAUGACUUCCGCUUAAUUAAUCCAAAUGCGGCAUUUCGGAUUAAUUCCAACGUUCUCGCAGAGUAACAUUGAAUCCUCGUCCAAGGAAUCCAGAGGAGUCUAUUUUCUGUCCAACCAGGAAGUUAAUUGUGUUCACCUGGCAACCAGCUGUUCAGGAUUAGAUAGGCCAGCACGACUCUGCGUCCCAAUGAAUGGGAUCAAAACCCACUGAACUGUGUGUGAGUUCUUGAUAUGUUCGUCAAAUGAUUUUGGGCAGCUGCUUUGAGAAUAUGUAAAAAGGGGAUUUGGAAGAAGACGAAACAUGCUAUUCUACACUUGGCUGCUGAAGUGUCCUUUGUUGGUGGUCUUUUAAUAAUAAACACGGGAACAUUCAUCAACCACACAGCCUCUGGGCACACAUACUGAGCACCCGCUGCGCACAUAACUCCCGGAGUUCAUUUGACCAACAGGAGAAAUUAUGUUUUGUAUUUCAAAUAAACAGACCUUGGCAGAGUUGAUUCAAGUAAGGACGGAGUAAGGGAAAUGUUUGUAAUGGGUGCAGAGUAAAACUGAAACUAGUGGUACAUUACAACAAGUAUUGAAGGCCGACACCAUAAGUAGACUAUACUCAAAACUUCUGGGGGUAGUAGCCCAUGCUGUGGUGCAUGUACCCUCCUUACUUAAGACUAAUACAGGAAAGAUAAACUUCAACUCUCUGACCCUGACAGCUGG